ACACAAUCCCCCGUUUGAAAGCACGCCAGACACAGCUGAACGAAGUUGUUGCAGGAAACUAGCCAGCUGUUUCAACCCGCCCGCAUCCUGUAAAUCAGUUUCCUUAUGGCGGUGUCCGUCUCAACCUCAGCUUCUUCCGUCGCAUUGACUCGUUCAGCGUCCGCAUCCUCCGCGACUUCUUGCCUUUUGAAUUCAAGUCCCGUUUCCAUAAUGGCAACCCUGCAUCAUCCCGGCCGGCUCGUCCCUCUGCACUCCUGGCGAAAUGUUAAUCUCAAGUCGUCUUCUUCCACUUUUCGCGCGUGUAAGUAUUCCAAGUCAGCAUUCCCAACCGUCGCUGCUGUAACGGCCGUUCCUUCGACUCCGCCUCCCUCCGCGUCCGAUCUCGGCUCCGCCAACCAAUCCCUGUUCUCCACGUUGCAAUUCCAGCAGCAGCAUCAGCACGAAUCCGCUACACCCACCACCCACCUCCACGAGCCGCCAUCUCCAACGGAUCUCUUCCACCAGGAUCCCCAACAUUGGCGGGAAAUCAUGCUGCGAGAGAGGCACCACGAGGACGAGCUGUCGAUCGUCUUGGGAUUGGAUUUCGGCGGGACGGGGAUCAAGGGAGCGCCGGUGGACGUAGCGACGGGCACGCUGCUGCUCGAGCGGUACCGCAUUCCCACCCCCAAUCCCGCCACGCCUCAGGCCGUCGCUGGCGUCAUCCGGCAAAUUAAAGAGCACUUCCGGUGGGAUGGGCCUAUCGGCAUUGGCGUUCCGUCUGUCGUCCGACGUGGCAUUGUCCGCAGUGCAGCCAAUAUCGACAAGUCCUGGAUCAACAUUAACGCCGUCGAUCUCGUCCAACGCGCCACAGGCUGCGACGUGGCAGCAAUCAACGAUGCGGACGCAGCAGGGUUCGCCGAGAUGAGGUUCGGCGCCGGCCGAGCCUUGCAGCGGGAAGGCACGGUCCUGAUGACCACGUUCGGCACAGGGAUAGGCACGGCACUGUUCGUGGGCGGGCAUCUGGUGCCGAACCUAGAGAUGGGGCACAUUGAGGUGAACGGGGAAAUUGCUGAGAAGGUGGCGUCGGGAGCAGUCAAGGAGAAGACGGAUAUGAGCUGGAAGAAGUGGGCCGGGCGGGUGAACGAUUACCUGGCGCGCAUGGAGCAUUACCUUCAGCCGGAUCUAAUAGUGAUUGGUGGAGGCAUCAGCAAGAAAGAUGAGAAGUUCCUGCAUCUGCUGUCAGUCCCAGGAGGCACACCCAUUGUGGCAGCUGUGAUGCGCAAUGAGGCGGGCAUAGUGGGGGCAGCAGUGGGAGGGUCGAUUCUGCUGGGGGAGCAGAGAGCUGCGAGGGAAGCUGCUAGGAUCACACCCACACUGCUAAGCUGAUUGGAGCAUGAUGAGCUGAGAUGAGCAACGAGGCGGGCAUAGCGGGGGGGCGCAGUUGGUUCAUCUGUUCCAUUGGAACAGAGAGCGGCCAAAGAUUGCAUCCCAGACACACACCAACACUGCUGAGCUGAUUGGGGGUUAGAAAGGACAGAAUUCUAGCUCAGUUCAGUUCUGCACAAGAUAUGGGCCAGGCAAGGUGACAGUCGGGUUAACAAAUGCUUACGAGCUGUUUGCAAGUAGUUUUUACGUUGUUGACACAUAUUGUUUCAUUGGGUCGGAAUAAAUACGAAGUAAACAC